AUGAACCUUCCAUCCGGCUCCUGCAUCGCUAGAUUCCGCUGCGUCUGCAAACUGUGGAACAACCGUCUCUCAUACCCAGGUUCCAUUUACAACGUACUCUUCACCCCCAACAUUAAUCUCACCGGAGACAGCGAAAUUGCCCAGAUCCUAAUAAAGGGCGCCGAAGUCGGCGUCGACGCAGCUAGUGCUGCCGCUUCUAACCUCAGCGUGGGUUCUUUUCUGCGGGAAGGGCUAAAUGGGUACUGGGAUUUGGCAAAAGAUGAGGACGAGAGCAGGAAAUCGGUCGAGGAAGCCAUUUUCGCUAUGAUGGAGAACUGCCAGAGGAACGACACGUCCGCCUGCGAUCUGAGAACUCUGGAUUUCAAUGCCGAGAGAGAGUACAGAAUGUUCCCAGGCGCGGGAUGGAGAAGCGGCCUGAAGAGUUUUAGAAAUUAG